AUUUACUUUAAAUCAGAAAGAAUGCAAAUAUGAUUCGGAUGGAAAAAAGAAGAAGAUGGUUCGGCCUUAUUUCAAUUGGUUGCAUUAUAGCCGCCCUCAUCUCUCUAAACUAUACAAUCAACAACAGUGAGUAUGAGUUGACCCCUGCAGACAAUGCUCUUAGUCUUCAGAUGGAAUGGGUUCAGGAAAGUAUGAAAGAGAUUAAGAAGAUUGAAGAGAGAAGAAGAAUCUUGAUUGUUUCCUCCUGGAGAUCUGGUUCUUCAUUCUUAGGAGGAUUGUUUGAGUCGCAUCCAGGGAUGAUGUACGUCUUUGAACCUUUGCACGAUCUGGAGGAUAAAAUUGCAAGGUCUGCUAAUGAGUGCAAGAUGAGUGUGAACCGUCUGACAUCUCUGUUUUUGUGCAACUUCUACAAUAUGACCUCAUAUCUGGAUCAUGAACAGGAGAAUGUUAUUGGAUUUAAGAGGUUCAAAAAACUAUGGAAUUGGUGCAUGUAAGUUUAACAAAAUUAUU